CAAACUGGGCCGCCUGAGGACCGUAAAUAUCCUAAGCGUCACACACAGCUUUGGUGGAGGACAUUAAGUGUCGCCUCUCCCAAUGUGUUAGCAUGUCCUAAUGCCCUGGCAGAUGCCUCGACGGUUUCUUCCCACCCUUCGUCUGUUUCUUUUGACUAGCCGUCGGUUUCUUCGUAUCCAAAUCAGACUCGUCAAUGUACUCACCACAGCCUUCAUCAUCUUUGUGGUCACCACUGGCGUUACCACCAUCAUCGUCAUCAUCACCGUUGUUCCCAGAUCCAAGCUCUUCCGCAUCCUCCGUAUGGAGGUCCUCGAAUGCAUCGGGCGGCAGGGCGUCGUCCACAUGAGGUUCGUACAUCUCAUAGACUUUUGGCAUCAAUCUCUUGAGGAUAGGCCUGAUCAGAGCAACGACGCGUUUCUCGAACGCCCUCCUCCCAGGCUUGCACUUGAGAACUUUCCCCUUACGCGUGACACGGUUAAGCAACCAACCGAGCCUCUCCAUGAUGCAAAUAUGGGCAUACAUGAUGCCACGAGCUUCGUCGGGAGGAUCCAUCCCAGCUUUGCUGACUGAGUUUGUAUGUAGUGAGAGUUUGAUGCUGGUAUACGUAGGGUUGCCUGCUGUAAACAAAUGUAUGGGUAAACGUAAUCGAACUUAACAAGCCCUCAUAUGCAUUGUGCGGCCCAUGCAUUUCCAUCCUUUUGUGGCAGAAUUUAGGUUCGUGGGAGUAGGGUUAUUUCCCCCAUACCUCACCCACCCGUCCUACCCGUUCCAACCGGCCAAGACCCCACGCGAGACGGCCUCCGGUAAAAUGGAUCGAUUCGUAACACUGUACUUGUAAUCACCUCUUCACCUCUGAUUGGGAUUGUA